AUGGCUGGCUAUACGUCCCUCAAAGAUAUCGAGAAGAUCCACAAAGAAGUUCAUGAAACUUUCCUAGCAGCAUCACUCCCCUCGCUUGUCGACUCAGCCAGAACCCGAUCCACCAGCCCCUUCCCUCUCUUCUCCAUCCCCUACCGCAUCCACCAACUCCACCAACUCGCCAAACUCGUCCAAGACAAUGCGUCUGCCUUCCAAGAAGCGCUCCAUGGAGACCUAGGCAAGCCACCCCGCGAAGUUCUUAUGGCGGAGGUCGGCCCUGUCAUCGAGCGGAGCCUCGCCGCUGCUGCUCAAGUCGAAGAGUGGGCGAAGACGGAAUAUGUACAGGGCGUUCCUGCGUGGCAGAGCGAGUGGAAAGCCCGUGUUGAGAAGAGGGCGAAAGGUGUGGUGCUCAUUAUCUCGCCAUGGAACUACCCUAUGAUCCUGACCUUCCAGCCACUCAUGGGUGCACUAGCGGCUGGGUGCUGCGCUGUUAUCAAGCCCUCGGAAAUGGUACCCCGCUUCUCAGCCCUCCUAGCCGACCUAGUCCCCAAGUAUCUCGAUUCUGCGGCCUAUCGCGUUGUACAAGGAGCUGUACCGGAGAUUACGCGGUUGAUCGAACUCAAAUGGGACCAUAUCUUCUAUACCGGAAACGGACGCGUCGGACGCAUAAUCUCAGCAGCAGCGGCAAAACAUCUUACACCGCUCACGCUCGAGUUGGGCGGCAAGUCGCCUGUUAUUGUCGAUGUUGAUACGUGUGGUGACCUCGAGUUGGUGGCGAAGAGGAUUAUUUGGGGGAAGAUUAACAAUGCUGGGCAGAUCUGCAUCGCACCUGACUACGUCCUCAUCCAAUCCUCCCACAUUCCAGCGCUCAUCCAAGGCAUAAAGAAAGCCCUCGACGAAUUCUUCCCCUCCGGUGCACUUUCCUCCAAAGACUACGGCCGCAUCGUCACCCCGCUCCACUUCAACCGCGUCAAAUCCCUCCUCGAGCGUACGAAAGGCCGAAUCGUCCUGGGAGGCAAGACGGGUAAGGGUGGUGAAGAUGCGCAGGAUCGGGGAAUUGAGCCUACGGUUGUCGUGUUUGAGAGUUUGGAGGAGGCGGGGAGGGAUGUGUUGUUGGAGGACGAGUUGUUUGCGCCGCUUUUGCCUGUUGUUGGUGUUGAGAGUGUUGUGGAUGCCUUGGAGUAUGUUAGGAGACGAGAUCAUCCUCUCGUGCUCUACGCUUUCACGAACGAUGAAAACUUGAAGCAGUAUAUUUCGGAUUCCACAAUGAGCGGCAACCUUGUAUUCAACGAUACCUUCCAACAACUUUCAGUCGAUCAAUUACCCUUUGGAGGAGUCGGUGAAUCUGGACAUGGACGGCAAACUUUGAAGUAUACCUUUGAUGAAUUUGUGUAUCAGCGGAGUGUGGUUGAUAUUCCUCAGAGCGCCGAACCGGGUCUCCAAAUCCGAUACCCGCCCACUACGCAAGCGAAUCUUGAUUUCUUCUCUGUUGCGUUGAAGAGGGAGAUACCGGAGGUUAAGCCUAAGCCUGAGUCUGAGGUGCAUGGCGUGAAGACGGCGAUGAAGACUGCAGUGCCGUUAGUGAAUGGCAAGGGGGUUAACGACGUCAACGGGGUGAAUGGUGUCAAGGGGGUGAAUGACGUUGUGGUUGAUGUUAAGCCUGUUAAUGGGACGGGGGUUUAAUGGAAUAAUGAAGGAGGACGAGGAUGUUCGUGACGGGAGAGUCGCCUAGGGUUGUGACUGUCUUUGCGAUUCUUUUAUAUUUAUGGUUAUCCGCUUAUGCUAUCUUGCGUGUUAGGAUUUGGAUUAAUGUCUACAAAAAAUGUAGUGUGUAGGAUUAUCACGUAUCACUCGUGUAUUUGGAUUAACGAGUAGUCAGAGUAAUGGUAUCGUAUCUU